AUGUCUCAACCUGUAAUGGUGGCAGGCACAAUACCAGUGCCCGCAUUAGAGCCAGACUCAAGAUGGACGUACCUGGACAAUGUUCGUCGAAACACAGGACCGUACACAUCUGAGGAAUUUGACACCAGUGAUGAGGCAGUCUCGACGAUGGAUAGACUGAAAGUACUUGGCGCUGGAGGCCUUGGAUGUGAACUACUGAAGGAUCUGGCUCUCUCCGGCUUUAAGGACAUACAUGUGAUUGAUAUGGACACGAUCGACGUCUCGAAUCUCAACCGCCAAUUCCUCUUCCGUCACAGCGAUGUGGGCAAAUCAAAAGCAGAAGUGGCAGCAAGAUUUGUAGAGAAGAGAGUUAAAGGGGUCUCGAUUACACCGCAUAAUUGCAAGAUUCAAGACAAAGACGAGGAUUUCUACAUGCAAUUCAACAUAGUCAUCUGCGGACUGGACAGUAUUGAGGCUCGACGGUGGAUGAACUCUACACUAAUUAAUCUUGCGGACCCAGAAAAUCCCGAGAGUUAUAAGCCUCUGAUUGACGGAGGUACAGAAGAUUGUCAAAUCGCAGGACUGAGUACACAAUUAGGAUUCAAGGGCCAAUCGCGCGUCGUGUUCCCUACCAUCACAUCUUGCCUAGAAUGUCAACUUGAUAUGCAUGCCCCAAGACAGGCAGUCCCUCUUUGCACACUCGCAACGAUCCCUCGCCAGCCAGAACAUUGCAUUGAGUGGGCGCAUAUUAUUGCAUGGGAGCAAGAGCAGCCAUUCCCGAAGCUAGACAAUGAUGACCCAGAACACAUCACCUGGCUGUACAAGAAAGCUCUAGCUCGAGCAGAAGAGUUCAAGAUCUCGGGCGUCACCUACUCACUCACCCAAGGCGUAGUCAAGAACAUCAUUCCCGCCAUUGCAUCCACAAACGCCAUCAUAGCUGCUAGCUGCUGCAACGAAGCUUUCAAGAUCGCCACUCAAACGAACCCUAGUCUUGGCUUCGAGGAGAAUUACAUGAUGUAUUCCGGAAACGACAGCAUCUAUACCUACACCUUCAAGCACGAGAAGAAAGAUGACUGUCCAGUAUGUGGACAACUUGCUCGAGAUCUCGAAGUCGACCCGAACUUUACUUUACAAGAGUUCAUUGAGUCCUUGGCUGAGAGAGCAGAGGCACAGCUGAAAAAGCCUUCAAUUCGUGCUGAGAGUCAUACCCUGUAUAUGCAGAGCCCUGUGAGUUUGGAGGAGAUGACGAGACCGAAUUUGAAGAAGAAGAUUGGAGAGCUGGUUGGCAAUGGGGAUGAGAUUGCGAUUACGGAUCCUUCGUUGGGGACGGUCAACUUCAAGUAUAAACUCAAGUUCUUUAAGGAGUACAGGGCCGCUGUUUAG